AUGCCGGGUCUUCUGGAAGAUGAUCAAACUGAAUCCUCCGAGAAGAAUGAUGCUGCAGCAGAGGUAGAGAUUUGGAGCCUUCUGCUGGAGGAUUUGCCAACCGAGGGGACAACUGGAGCUACUGGCUUCCUGGAGAGCCUGACUCCGGAGACGAUAGGCGGCCAAAGCAGCUCAUCGGCUCAGUUCAGCUUUGGAAGCCCAAGCCUGCAAGGAAGCUGCAAUCCAGAAAUUCCCCCGGCAGAUCCCGCGUUCUACAAGCAAUGGCCAGGCGAAACUUUCGAGCAGUACACCCAGCGGCUCCUUGGAAUUCCGUUCGACCAGACCUGCGCAGAGGCCCGCGCUGAAGGGCACUGGGAGCAGGAAGCCUCCUUUGACUUCGAUGUCGAAUGCGAGGAGAUCCAGGGGACCGCAGUCACGGACGUCCUGGUGUCCGACUGCGUCGCCUUCGGCGGCGUUGACGACCGGCCGAUGCUCGAGAUGAACGGCACGCUGGGAAGCAGAACCAUGGAGCGGCCUCUGGAGUAUAUCGAGCAGUGGCAAGCGCACGAAAGAACGAAGUGGUUCGGGGAAAACAGAACCGUCCCCACCCGCAACCCCGACGCGGAGGAGGAGCGCAACUCUCGACUGGACAAGGCUCUCCACCAUCCA